CAAAGGGGGGGGGGGAACCACGGUUAAUCUCAAAGGCUCAAACAUUCAUCGACACGGUAGGUUAUUACUAACCCUUAACCGGAAAAUUUAUACAGUUUUCCAUUCACUUUUGAUUGAAUCACAAGUGUCAAGGAAACAUGGCUGCCAAUAUGUCCUUCAUUUGUGUUUGCUUAAUAUUCAUUCAUCUAGUUUAUUCAGGAUUACCUUUAAAAUCAACAAAAUUCAACAGGCAAUCGAAAAGUACAUUGCGGAGUUACCAAACUGAAUUCUUUAACGAGGUUUUCCAAGACCAUUGGGACCGUAAAAUGAGAACUCUUGAUCCAGAAGCAAAUAAGAGUUUGUCUGCUACUUGUGACGCCAAAGCAAUAGCUGCCGAAAACAGGAACGCAAAAUGCAAACCGCGUCUUUAUGUUGUCGCUUUAGAAAAAAUUGAAGGUUUCAAGAUCGAACCGAGUCAUGUAGAAGUCAUGCGAUGUAAAUACAGUAAAUGUAGCAGUUCAGCCCAACAUUGUCUACCAUCAACGACUCAGAUACGAAAACUUUCGGUUUAUGCACUUAAAGAGCCCGCCUCGAAAACGAAGAAAAAUGGUUCGACAACAUGUAUGCAGAUGGAAGUCGAGGAACACGUCAGUUGUAAAUGCGGUUGUCUGAUUAAGCCGAAAGAUUGCCAGAAGCCUGCGAUCUACUCCAAAAACAACUGUCGUUGCGAGUGCCCCAACAGGAGCGAGGCCCAUACGUGCGAGCAAAACGGCUUUAAAUGGAAUCAGUCUAUUUGUCGAUGUAUCCAGAGCUCACCACUGUCUACGGAAUGAGGUCAAACUAGACCCAUGUUCUAUAGAGAGAGAGAGAGAGCUAUAUCAGGCCCGAGGCCUGGGGACCGACGCCGGUUAUACAAUCUUUUUAUUUUUCCUUUUUCCCAUAUGGGCUGCCUACAAAGUCUGUCUGUCGUAAGAGUCUAAAAAAAAAAGGGAAAAAUAAAUAGAAAUAAAUUUA